GUGAGGUGCACCCAAGUCGGACGUAUAGGUGACCAAAUUCGGAGAAAGGUGGUUCACGUUUUCUAACAUUGACAAGGAGUAAACUUGCAGUUACCUGUGUCCUCAUAAAUGGCGAGUAUAGGACUGGCUGCAAAUGCCCCAAACACAGAAGAAAGGGCUGUCUUCACUCAACUGAAACCAGUGAGGAUGUCUGGAAACGGAGAGGCAGCUGAGGAUUCGUCCGUGUUUGAGGAAGUCAAACCUGGGGUGAGAGUCACUGUAAGCUCGGUGGAAAUGGCCCAGACCCGCAUUGAGAUGGACAAGUACCUCCUCCAGACAGGCUCCGCCCCGCUGCCCCCCAGCGUCCUGCCCGACAAGAAGUACCGGCGGGAGAGCGCCUCCGUGGUGGACGAGUACUUCUCCGAGGACAAGCCGGCGCCCUACAGCCUCAACAUCAACCUCAUCCUGCCCAACGCCCAGCUGCGCACGGGCCUCUACCGCCCGCCGGGCAAGCCCGUCGUCCACCACCAGCACAUCAAGGCCGAGCCGGGCACCGAAGUGCCCUGCAGCGUCGUCCAGCCGCUGCCCGACUUCACGUCGGUGUUCAGCACGCCGCAGCACGCCGCCGUCAGCAACCUCUUCAUCAAGCCCGGCAACAUGGCCGCCGCCGUCAGCAGCACGACCAUGGCGAGCGUCGCCGCCGUCGCCGCCGCCUCGGUGACGGACGAGCUGCCCAUCGGGCCGCAGCAGCCGCAGGUCUACCAGAUGCCCAUCAGCGGGACCGACCUCACCAUGACGCUGUCGCACGGGCAGCCGGGCGCCGGGGGCAGCGGUAACGGGCGCACCAUGCUCAACCUCAACAGCGUGGCGCUGAUGGCCGGGCCGGGAGGCGGCGGCGGCGGCGGCGGCGGCAUCGUCGGGGAUUUCGUGAUGCCCGAGCAGUUCUUCCUGGCGCACAGCCAGCAGCCGCACAGCCUGCCACCCUCGCCACCCAACUCGCAGCCGGGCAGCCCGGAGAACCAGGCCGAGCUGAUCGGCCCCAAUCAGCCCCCGCCCUACCAGCCCAGGGUGGGGUUAAAGGUCAAUCACAUGACCCCCCACUCGGUGCUCAUGACCCACGGGCAAGGGGUGCUCACAGGACCCCGCUACAACCGACGGAACAAUCCGGAACUGGAGAAGAGGCGAAUCCACCACUGCGACUUUCCUGGAUGCUCCAAAGUUUACACAAAGAGCUCACACCUAAAAGCACAUCAAAGAACACACACAGGAGAGAAGCCGUAUCGGUGCAGCUGGGAGGGCUGUGAUUGGCGGUUCGCGCGCUCGGACGAGUUGACGAGACACUACCGCAAGCACACGGGAGCCAAGCCAUUCAAGUGCGUAGCGUGCAGCCGCUGCUUCUCACGGUCAGACCACCUGGCGCUGCACAUGAAGCGCCACCAGAACUGAAUCGUCUUCUUCGUGGUGUUGAUGUUUGUUUUGUUUUUUGUCCUUUUUCCCUUUUCAAAUUCACCUACUGUACCACGUACGUUUUUUUUUUUUUUUUUUUUUUCUGAGACAUUGCAUGAAACAAAUUGACUGGCCCAGUAAAGAUCAAACACAACCAUACAAAGUUCACACCUGCCCGUUCACACCUGUGCGGUAUAGAUCAACACAAAACAGUUUUGAGAGUUUGAACAUUUUUGAAUGCCUAUAUUAUAGCAUUUGUGUGCAUCUGUAUUUUCUUGUAUAUAUGUCUGUGUGUAUAUCAUUUUUGUUUUAUUUUUUAUGCUUUCGGAAUUGGAAAUGAAUGUACUGAUACAUACUUGAGCUUAUUUUUCGGACAUACACGAUUAUCCACAGUAUGACAAAAUUCCAUGCAGUUUUGUAGGAUUGUUUUCUCACAACUUUGAACGACUUUACUGGACAAAGGUAUAGUCAAAGACUAGUGGAGGCCUCGGCAUGAAAUAUACCCAUGGUUGGACAGGGGUGGAAGGAUAUGGUGGACCUUUCAUGAGUAGCAGCUAGAUUUUGAGUCAGUUUAGGCCCACAUGAUGUGGCCCAGACUCUCCCCAGAGUCAGUGUGAGUGAACCUCUCCUGUGUCCCCCCGCCGCCUCUCUUGUUUCCUGAGACGUGUAGGAGUUAAGGAGUUGUGUUGGUGUUAUGGACAUAUCAGUAACUAUGGAGACAAAGCUCUUUAUUGAGGGCAGUUUUGCAAGGCCUUUUUUAUGAUGCGAGCAGAUGCCAGUCGCUGAUAGAGGGCCAUUCAUAGACGUUUGUGUUGAAAUUCACCAAGACUCGCGCACGAUUCAAAGUAACAUGAACAAAUUCAUGUAUAAAUUUACAAUGAUGAUGUGUGUAUAAGCUUCGACAUUGAUUUCAGUGCCAAAUAAUUGGAAAAUGAAGAACCAGGCAUUUUCUUUUGAAGAUUUAUUUAUGCAUUGGUAUUCAGAAAUUGGCCUUGAAAAGGAAAAGAAAAUAAGCUUUCAAGUUAUACACAGAAGCAAGUGAGAGUUAUUUAUUUUUUUCAAUUUUUUGAGAGCAAUGUUAUUUUCCCCUCCAUAAUUUAAGGAAUGAGUGGCAAACAUGUACAGUGAUUUGAGUGUUUAUCGAUGCAUCAGUGGUAUUUAUAUGUAUUGUAUUUGAACACAAAGUGGAUACCAGAGGAACACACAUACACAUACAAUCUUUUCAAUAGACAACCUCAUCAGAGAAACAUCCAUUAAUCCUAUAUUAAUCAAGACCAUAGGUCCCAUACAGAGGGCAACAGAAGUCAGUUCUUCACUCUGGACUCCAGAAUUUGAAUCAACUACUGGGCCCCUCGGUCCAAGAAGAUACAAACACUUAGCACUUCCUUUUUAAAGUUCUCGCGUGUGUGUGCAUGCAUGGAUGUGUGUUUGUGUGUGAUGAUUUCUUUCAAUGGCAGAAGGAAAUCUGAGAAAAAAAACAUGUAAAUAUAUAAAUAUAUAUGUUAUGUUAGUGUUUGAGCAUUGUACAUACAUUUUUUUCUAACUGUUAAAUGUUUUUUAUUAUUAUUGUUAUUGUUAUUAUUAUUAUUAUUAUUAUUAUGAACAAAAGGGAUUUCAUUAGGCUAACUGUAAAUGGGUUUGAAUUGUAUCUAUCCAUUGAACUGACAUUGAUGUAGUGUUGUGCAGAAGAAAUCAGUUUUGUGAACAAUUUUGACAAUGUUCUUUUUGACUUCCACAACUCUGGAAAAUAAAACAGAUUUCAAUGAUA